GCCUGAUCUUGAAUUUCAAUCAGAAAUUUUUUUGGGCUAUGCUCUAAGAUCUCUCCUGAUCUUGAAUCUCAAUCAGAAAUUUUUUGGGCUAUUAGCUAGGGAUUCAGAUGGAUGGGGGAUCAGGCCAUGGUGCAGGGGGGAGCAAGGAUGGGGGUUCAUCUGACCCUAGGAAGAGGAAGAGUGACAAGAAGAAGGAUGACAAGCCUAAGGAACGGAAGAGAGGGCAUGGGGUUGCGAUGCUAGAGAUCAUGAUGAGGUUGCAAAGCGAAAUGGCCGAGCUUAACAAGCAAAACUCUCGGGUUAAUCAGGGGCCAUCUAAUCAGAUCCCAGAUGGAACUACUGAUGGAAUGGACAUAGCUGCAAUAAGGGCCUCAAGCUAUCCAUGGUCUAUGCAUGCCACUGUUGGCCCUUCAAUACCAUACUACCCACCCAAUCCCGUGAUGGCAUACGGAUGUGGCAAUGCAGUGAGAGGUGCCAGCUCUGGGCAGUUGUUGUCUACCCCCUUCAGGCCUCUUGGAGCUUCUGGAGCAGUAUAUUAUCCAUAUUCAAACUACACCAUGCUGGCUCCAAAUGAAGUGACGAUGACACAACCUCUCUCCGAAGAAGAACAUGCUAUUGAUUUCACUAGGGAGGAGGAAGGCCACAACACAUCAGUUGUGGAGUCAACCAACAAGAACUCCGAUGAUCCAGAAGACCCAGACGGACCAGACCUUCAGCUCAAGCUAUGAUGCAAGAAUUAUUUCUGCAAUUGGUUCUUAGAAAUUUUAUGAGCUAUGGCGCUUAUUAUCUUAAUUAAAACUUUCAUCAUGAGUUACCAAUUUACCAACAUGUAUUUAUGCCGGCUGUUACCUGGUUGUGGCAUGUUACAUUUUAAUUACUUCAGAUUCAGUAAACCAAACAAUACCAGAUCUAUCGAUCAUAACAGUUUGUUGUGUUGAG